GUCUUUCCCCAGAAUGCCACCACCACUGUUACUACCACAUCACCACCUUCAGCGACCGAAGUCUACACACGAACACAGUACUGUAAAUGGCCAUGUGAAUGUCCAACAACAGUACCUAUGUGUCCCUCAGGGGUCAGUCUGCUCACAGAUGGAUGUGAGUGUUGUAAAAUGUGUGCCAAGCAAAUUGGAGAGAAGUGCACCGAGAUGGACAUCUGUGAUAGUCACAGGGGCUUGUACUGUGACUACAGCAGAGAUGCACCUAGGUACGAAAUAGGAGUGUGUGCACAAAUGGUCGGCGUGGGCUGUCUUCUCAAUGGAAUCAGGUACAACAACGGGGAGAGCUUCCAGCCCAGUUGCAAAUAUAACUGCACCUGUAUCAACGGGGCCGUGGGUUGUAUCCCCCUGUGUACUGACUCCAAGCCGCCCCUCGUUUGGUGCCCAAACCCGAAGCAGAUUAAGGUCAAGGGUGAAUGCUGUGAAGAGUGGGCCUGUGAUUAUUCAAAGAAAAUCAGGAAGGCAUCUCCACGGCAUCUCUCUUCAGCAGUUUAUGGAGGAGAAAUUGAAACAUGGCAGAAGAACUGUAUCCAGCAAACAUCUUCCUGGAGCCCUUGUUCCAAGACUUGCGGAAUGGGCAUUUCCACAAGGAUCUCAAAUGAUAACGCCCAGUGCCAGUUUAUGAAAGAGAGCCGGCUCUGUAUUCUGCGCCCUUGCGAGGUGGACAUCACCAAGCACAUUAAGCCUGGGAAGAAAUGCUUAGCAGUGUACAGAGGAGAGGAGCCCAUGAACUAUACGCUCUCUGGGUGCACAAGUAAGGUCAACUACAGGCCUAAGUACUGUGGCCUUUGUAUGGAUGACCGUUGCUGUACGCCCUACAAAUCAAAGUCCAUUGAAGUCAACUUUCACUGUCCAGAUGGGACCAGCUUUUCCAGGAAAAUCAUGUGGAUUAAUGCCUGUUUCUGCAACCUGAGUUGCAAGAACCCCAAUGACAUCUUUGCUGACUUAGCUCAUUAUCAUGAUUACUCGGAAAUUGCUAAUUGACUUGACAGGAGUUGAUGGGAGGGGGGGAAAGGAGAAGCACAAGAGGGAAAAAAAAAAAAACAGGCUGCCAAGACCUACAAUGUAUUAUUACUCUGAUUUUACAGAGGGUUAAAA